AUGAUCAUUAUGAAUUUUGACAAGUAUGGGAACACAACAUCUUCAUAUGCUCACCAUCUUCCAGUAGCAUAUGUGAGCUACAAAGAUACCAUUCAACUUAAAGAUUAUAUUAUGUCAAACUCAACACCAACAGCAAAGAUCACUUUUGGUGGCACUAUAUUUGAUAUUCACCUAUCUCCAGCAUUGGCCUCUUUCUCGUCGAGAGGCCCUGCCAAGUAUAACGGAAACAUUGUGAAGCCAGACGUCACCGCACCUAGAGUGAAUAUUCUAUUUGCAUGGCCAAUGGAAGUUGGGCUUUUUCCAUCCGGUCUAAAAACAAAAACAUUCAACUUUGCAAGUGGCACAUCCAUGGCCGCACCUUAUGUCUCCGGAAUUGUGGCUCUUAUUAUGAGCAUGUUAAAGUAUGAAAACAAGCGUCAAUGGUCAAUACCAGAGAUCCAAUCAGCACUCAUUACCACAACAAACACAUUCGACUUAGAUGGAAGACCAAUUUUCGAUAAAGCAACUUUUAAUGAUAGUGCCAAUGUUCUCCACCGGGGAGCUGGGCAAGUCAAUGCGACGAAUGCCAUGGAUCUAGGUCUCGUCUACAACAUUGAACUAGAUGAUUAUGUUGCCUAUCUUUGCGGAAUCUUUUCUAAUAACAAUACAGAAGUGAGAAGGUUCACCAAAAAUAACACACAGUACUGCACUAGAUCCAUCUCUGGGGAGCAACUCAAUUAUCCCUCAAUUGGCAUACCAAUGACAUCGAGCUCAACAAGCACCACUAUUAGUCGAACAGUGACGAACGUGGGGGGAUGCUAG